GAAUCAGCUGUAGCUUUCUCUGCGCUACAGCUAGACUGUCUCUCUCUCUCUCUCUCCGUACAGCGGGUAGAAUUUCACACCAGAAAGUACAACGCGAUCUCUCUGGACAUCCUCUCUCCAGUCCAGACGGACCUUUGGGAGACCCUUUUGGGGACUGACUGGACUGGGCCUGUCCCCAAAAAAGCGACGACAGGGUUUGACACGGAAACUGUAUUUGAAGGAUACAUUCCACGACCAGAUUCUUGAUGCAGCAUACAAAUAGAUUUAAACCUGAUAAGUAAGAGUUGCAGUUUGAUGAAAAGCGUUGGGACAGCAGCUGCUCCACGCGCAUAGGAAGCUACAAUAAUGAAAAGCACAAUUUGCCAUUAAUGUUAAAAGUAAUCUGAUUUGGAUAUAAUACACGGUUCAUUUGAUUCUCGUUUGCAGAGUGAUAAUUUGCUCUAUUAGAAUGAUAAACGUUAAGUGGAGCAACCCGGUCCCUUGCAUUCCCACGAGAAGAGUCGGACAGAAACGGGAGGACUCAGAAACGGGUGAAGAGCUGGUGUCCAAAUGCGCCAGGCUGAGUGAGUCUCCGGGUGACGCGGGGCUCCUCGGUAGCUCGCCAGGGUCACUGCUGUCCCCGGUCCCCUUGAGCGGCCCGACCGAUCAAGGUCCGUGCCGGAUAGGCCAGUUUCUGCUCCUACAUAUGGCCGAUCAGGACAGGAUGCACAGCGCACUCAACAUUGACACCGGAGACGCGCUGGUGUGCAAGGUGUUUGACAUGGGUCUGUACCAAGAGAAGCUCCGGGCCUACCGCAUCCUGCCGGUCCACAGGAACAUCAGCCGUAUCCGAGACAUUGUCCUGGGGGAACGCUGGGCUUACGUCUUCCUAGAGAAGGACCACGGGGACAUGCACAGCUUCGUUAAGAGCUGCAAGCGUUUGGACGAGGAGCGGGCGGCACAGCUCUUUCACCAGGUGGCGUCGGCCGUGACACACUGUCACCAGCAUGGCAUCGUAUUAGGAGACCUGAAGCUACGCAAAUUUGUCUUCUCCGACAGGAAAAGGAACCAUGUGAAGCUGGAAGGCCUGGAGGACUGCAGGGUUCUAGAAGGAGAUGACGACUCCAUGUCAGACACCUACGGCUGCCCGGCCUACAUCAGCCCAGAGAUCCUGAACGGCUCCAGCUCCUACUCCGGGAAGCAGGCGGACGUCUGGUCCCUAGGGGUGAUGCUCUACACUAUGCUGGUGGGACGCUACCCUUUCCACGACCCAGACCCAGCUACCCUCUUCUCCAAGAUCCGUCGGGGCCAUUGCUGCCUACCCGAGGGCCUCUCUCCCCGGGCUAAGUGCCUGUUGCGAUCCCUGCUGAGGAAAGAACCAUGGGACAGACUGACUGCCGCCGAGGUGCUUAUCCAUCCGUGGUUCCACACCACUGCCGACAACGCACAGGAAACAGGGGACAGUGAACAGGAAGUGGGCUCAGUGGAACAGACAGUGCCUUCCUGUGAUAUGGAAGAGGAGGAUGAUCUGUUCUGUUGAUCGAUGGGAUGCGUCGACGUGACUGACUCGACCCCUGGAGUGGAAUCGGAACAAAACAUGCUCAAAUGUCACCUUCAAGAGGGUUUACAUUUUAUUUGGAUUUGUUAUUGGAUAAUGGUCGUAUACUGUUGUGUAUGUACCUCAGACACAAGUUUGUAACUCAAAGUACUGUAGUGUUUCAUCUAUGUGUUAGAUUAAGGGAGUUGUGUGAAGCACUCAACCAUAACUGUGCGUUGUGUGUGUUCACAAUAAGUCAUUUGGUGCUAAAAACCAGCUCACCGUCACAUGAUGAUGUUUUACUAGAGUAGACUAAAGAUACAAUCUGCUGUUUAAACCGACACCCUGGCACUGCUUUGGUAAAUAGCUGAGGGAACAACAGAGUAGAAACUCAGGGGCUAAUAGAGGUGUGGGAAAGUGUAUAUUUCUACCCUGAGUAAUGAACUGACAUCUGACUAUUUCUAGCCUGAGUACUGAAAUGACAUCUGACUAUUUCUAGCCUGAGUCAUGAACUGACUAUUUCUACCCUGAGUCCUGAACUGACUAUUUCUACCCUGAGUCCUGAACUGACUAUUUCUACCCUGAGUCCUGAACUGACUAUUUCUACCCUGAGUCCUGAACUGACUAUUUCUACCCUGAGUACUGAACUGACUAUUUCUACCCUGAGUCCUGAACUGACUAUUUCUACCCUGAGUCCUGAACUGACUAUUUCUACCCUGAGUCCUGAACUGACUAUUUCUACCCUGAGUCCUGAACUGACUAUUUCUACCCUGAGUCCUGAACUGACUAUUUCUACCCUGAGUACUGAACUGACUAUUUCUACCCUGAGUCCUGAACUGACUAUUUCUACCCUGAGUCCUGAACUGACUAUUUCUACCCUGAGUCCUGAACUGACUAUUUCUACCCUGAGUCCUGAACUGACUAUUUCUACCCUGAGUCCUGAACUGACUAUUUCUACCCUGAGUCCUGAACUGACUAUUUCUACCCUGAGUCCUGAACUGACUAUUUCUACCCUGAGUACUGAACUGACUAUUUCUACCCUGAGUACUGAACUGACUAUUUCUACCCUGAGUCCUGAACUGACUAUUUCUACCCUGAGUCCUGAACUGACUAUUUCUACCCUGAGUACUGAACUGACUAUUUCUACCCUGAGUACUGAACUGACUAUUUCUACCCUAAGUACUGAACUGACAAUUUCUACCCUGAGUACUGUGCUGUACUGUGAUUACUGCUCUUUCUUCAUUCAAAUCUGAGGUUCAGUGGCUCCAUCGCUAUGGUUAGUCUGUCCAUUUGGCAGCCUAUUACCUCUGUAGGGCCCCACAGCCAUAUGGACCCUGGUCAACAGUAAUGCAUUACAUAGGGAGUAGGGUUCCAUUUGUGAUGCAGACUAAGACAGUGAUAUUCCCUCUCUUUAAUGCUCAGUCUGGCAGUCAUUCUCCACAUGACAGUGAUGUUCCCUCUCUUUAAUGUUCAGUCUAGCAGUCAUUCUCUUCUCGUCUAUUGUGGCCCAUUUAGUGUUUCCUCAAUGACUUUUGGCCAAAUUAAUCUACAAUCAACUAUUGUUUUUUUUGGGCAAGACUUUUCAUUAUCUGUUGUUUUGUUUGAUCUUCUGAAAAGCUGUUUGACGUAGGGUGAACCACGUAUUCAUUCAAGACUUUAACUGACACGCGUGGACAUUGUUUAUAGUGCACUGUGAAUGAAGUAUUUGUGACACAUUCUCAAGGCUUAACCACAUAGGUUAAAGAGAAAAUAUGAUUCAUUGUAAAAACAUGUAAAUAUGUAUGUG